CGUGUUAAGAUGCCGGGGUAGAGUGCGGCUCUGCGCUUGCGCCGCGGGCGGGCUGUUAGCUCCUGCGCUGUACCCGCAGGUUGGAGGUCUACCCCGCAGAGUUGCGCGAUGCGUAGGUUGCAGGUAGUGCUCGGGCACCUGACGGGCAGGCCCGGUUCGGGUUGGGAGCCGGCGCCGCAGGCCGCGCCGUGCUGGAGCGGCGCUCAGCCGGUGUCGGCCGACGACGUGGUGGUAGUGCACGGGCGGCGCACCGCCAUUGGACGAGGGGGCCGCGGUGGCUUCAAGGACACCACCCCCGACGAGCUUCUCUCUGCCGUCAUGACCGCGGUUCUCCGAGACGUCAAGCUGAGCCCUGCCCAGCUGGGGGACAUCUGCGUGGGAAAUGUGCUUCAGCCGGGGGCCGGAGCAAUCAUGGCCCGAAUUGCCCAGUUUCUGAGUGACAUCCCAGAGACUGUGCCUUUGUCCACUGUCAAUAGACAGUGUUCGUCUGGGCUCCAGGCAGUGGCCAACAUAGCUGGUGGCAUCAGAAAUGGGUCUUAUGACAUUGGCAUGGCUUGUGGGGUAGAGUCCAUGUCCCUGGCUGACAGAGGGAACCCCGGAAAUAUCACUUCACGCUUGGUGGAGAAGGAGAAGGCCAGAGAUUGCCUGAUUCCUAUGGGGAUAACUUCAGAGAAUGUAGCCGAGCGGUUUGGCAUUUCACGGGAGAAGCAGGAUACCUUUGCCCUGGCUUCCCAGCAAAAGGCCGCCAGAGCCCAGAGCAAGGGCUGUUUCCAAGCUGAGAUCGUGCCUGUGACCACCACGGUCCAUGAUGACAAGGGGACCGAGAGGAGCAUCACCGUGGCCCAGGAUGAGGGUAUCCGCCCCAACACCACCAUGGAGGGCCUGGCCAAACUGAAGCCUGCCUUCAAGAAGGGCGGCUCUACCACGGCUGGAAACUCUAGUCAGGUGAGUGAUGGGGCAGCUGCCCUCCUGCUGGCCCGGAGAUCCAAGGCAGAAGAGUUGGGCCUUCCGAUCCUUGGGGUCCUGAGGUCCUAUGCAGUGGUUGGGGUCCCACCUGACAUCAUGGGCAUUGGACCUGCCUGUGCCAUUCCUGUAGCUUUGCAAAAAGCAGGGCUGACGGUGAAUGACGUGGACAUCUUUGAGAUCAAUGAGGCCUUUGCAAGCCAGGCUGUCUACUGUGUGGAGAAGCUAGGACUCCCCCCUGAGAAGGUGAACCCUCUGGGGGGUGCGGUGGCCUUGGGUCACCCACUGGGCUGCACUGGAGCUCGACAGGUCAUCACGCUCCUCAACGAACUAAAGCGUCGCGGGAAGAGGGCAUACGGGGUGGUGUCCAUGUGCAUCGGGACCGGGAUGGGAGCCGCUGCUGUCUUUGAAUACCCCGGAAACUGAGUGAGGCCCCGGGCCAGAGGCACCGUUUAGUUCUGCUCUGGGGGUGGCCGCAGCGCUGGGCAGAGCAAGACACGGGGACUAACGUGAGCGCUGGUGACGCAGUGUAGGUGUGGCCGAGGUCGAGGGCUGCUCUCUGCCAGGUUACCCAGGCCACCGUGUAAGUCCUGGGGGGGUGAGCUAUGCAUCAGACAGUAAAUAUGUGUUCUCAUCUUA